AUGAUGGCCAUAGGGAUCUAUUCAUUUUUGGAUAAUCUCCUGGCCCAUAUACCAACGCGAUCGGAUAUUGAUAUUGGUCCAGCACAAAAUUCGACGAAUCGUGAGACCAGCCUCAACGAUCAGGAGAAUGUUGGCCUAAGAUCGAACGUGAGUGAUGUAGCAGUGAUCGACACCGGCUUGAGAACGGAUUUAUCAGCGGAUAGACAAGAAAGAGUACGUUGGAUCCCACAUUUCUCCACGUGGACAAUUCACGAAGGUGUGCCCGUAAGAGAGAAUGGAGUUACUGAAUCAGACUUAAUGAAUGUGACUGCUUCGCAAUUAAACGAUGAACCACUUGAGCCUCUUGAUCCCUUAGAACCACCGGCAAAAAUCGAAGUUGCACCAGGUGGAUAUCCAGAGGAGAUUUUCAUUUAUCUGUCAGAUCGGGAAAAAUUGGAUUAUAUGUGCUCUAUUUGGUGA